AUGCUACCAGAAGAUAACAAUUUUCCGGAUCUUUAUUAUGAGGAAAAAAAGAUAUUAUGUCAAAUGGGUUUGGAGUAUGUCAAAAUACAUGCAUUCCCUAAUGAUUACGUAUUAUACAGGAAAGAGUAUGAAAAUUUUGAUCAAUGUCUAGAAUGUAGUGGGUCGCGUUACAAGUUGAAAAAUAACAAUGGUGAUGACAAUGACAGUGUUAGUAAGAAGCGUCCUCAUGCUAAAGUGUUAUGGUACUUGCCAAUAAUUUCAAGGUUAAAGAGACUUUUUGCUAAUGUGAAUGACGUAAAAAAUAUGAGAUGGCAUGCAGUUGAAGGAAAAUAUGAUGGAAACAUUCACCAUGAAGCUGAUUCUUUGCAAUGGAAGAAAAUUAAUUCAUUAUUUUCGGAUUUUGGCCUUGAGCCAAGAAACCUUACGCUUGGGCUUGCCGCAGAUGAAAUGAAACCCUUUGGUAAUCUGAGUACUAACCAUUCUUUGUGGCAUGUUCGUCUCACGAUUUAUAACCUACCUCUUUGGUUGUGCAUGAAGCGCAAGUAUAUGAUGUUAAGUGUUGAUGUUGAUGAUGCAUAUUCUGGUGAACAACUUAAGAUGCGUGCAAUGCUAUUUUGCACAAUCAACGACUCCCUCGCAUAUGGUAAUUUGGCUGGAUAUAGUGUCAAAGAAUAUAAAGUGUUUUCUAUAUGUGAAUUUGAUACUUGUUUUCACCAGCUUAAGUUUGGAAAAAAGACCGUUUACCUUGGGCAUCAGAAAUUUCUAAAACCCAACCAUCCUUAUCGAAAGACUAAAGAUAAUAAGAAUUCCCGUUUAGAUAUGGUGAAGAUGGGUAUACCACAACAGUUGGCUCCAGAAGAUAGAGGAAAAAGAUCUUAUUUGCCUCUGAUAUGUCACACUCUAUCUAAAAAGGAAAAGAAAAGUUUUUGUGAGUUUUUGUAUGGUAUCAAAGUUCCCCAAGGUUAUUCUUCAAAUAUUAAGAAACUUGUAUCAAUGAAACAUCUCAAGUUAAUUGGCCUAAAAUCUCAUGAUUGUCAUGUCUUGAUGCAACAACUUCUACCAGUGGCUAUCCGUGGCAUCCUUCCAAAAAAUAUAAGAGUAACUAUAACCAGAUUAUGCUUAUUCUUCAAUUCUAUAUGUAAUAAAGUUCUUGAUUUCAAAAAAAUAGAUGAAUUAGAAGAAGAGGUUGCAAUAAUAUUGUAUCAAUUGGAGAUGUAUUUUCCUCCAUCAUUUUUUGACAUUAUGGUUCACUUACUUGUUUAUCUAGUAUGA